UUCCUCAACGCGUGCCGGGUCUUGGACAACAUGGGCGGCGCCGCCGCCAAGCAUGGUGCUAUGACGAUGACCGCCGUCUACUACCACGACAUCAGCCUAUCUACUUACCUCAGUCGCAACGCCAAGCUCAGCUCCAUCAUCAACGCCAUGGCCAACUCUCACCAAUUCAGGCUUUCCCUGGACUGGGAACUCGUGAGGAGAAAGGCGUCGUUGGUGGUCUACGAAUUGCUUCUUGAGUCUCCAGAGUUGAGACGCCUGCUAAUACUGCCGCGGGAGACACUGAACCCGCAACAACUGCUUCCCAUCGGCUCUCGUCGUUCAAGACGUCACGUGAGGAAACAAGCCCGGCGGCCAACAUCAACUGCCAUGGCCAGGCUCUAUCUCAACACCAAGAGGAGGUACCUACGCUACAAGUACAACACGCAUGUUCAGUUCAGAAAGCUCACAUCCUGCACUGUUAGCAGAGUCUUUGAAGAGGGUGGCAGAUCUUAUCGAUCAAUGUUUAAGAAGUGGUAAACGCCCGGAGCUCCAUCAAGGGCGAAUGCUUCAGUCAAUUUGUAAGGAAGGUGCUCCUGGCGCUACACUCUUGACAAAUCCUGAUAACAACAUUGGGACCUCAUCGGUGACGAAUGCAGGUGCUGCUACCUUCACGGGACAGGCUACUAAACAUUUUUGUUUCUCUUCAGCUGCAAAUUCAGACUGAAGCUGGACUUUGCACGGUGAACUUGACGGCCUAAUUAUGUGGGGGCAGUGCCCUUACUUCUGGUGCUCCUGUCUACGUGAAGAGACAUGUCCAUUAGCUGCCAAUGCUGUUGGAAAACACUAUUAGGUUGUUUUGCUGCUAUUUGCGCUAUGUUAAAUGAUGGACUCGAGGCUUGCUAGUCCCAUAGCUAGAACAUCUAUUCCGUGUAAGCACCUACUAUUUUCGUAUGGAGUUCCUUGGAUGUCA